CUUCCGGCCACCACAGCGGACGGUCACGGAAUGUUGUGCUCCGUAGGGGCGGUUCAUGCGGCCCAGCCGGGCCGCGGUAUCAGGCUUACGGAAACGACUUCACAGGAUUACCAGCUUGUUUUGCCGCAUCUGCCAUCAGGUAUGACCGUGUGUAAUACCGUGUUUUUGCACGGUGAUUUGAAGGCCAGGCCCUAUCGAGUCGAACAUUUUCGCGAUGCGCUUGACCGUCAUAAGCUGUUGCCGGAGGUGGUGGCCCUCGGGGCCUACCAGAUGAACCAUGUCUGGGCUAUAACAUUCAAGGACGAAGUCGGAAAAAAGAAGCUGCUGUCAGCGAAGGCCUUUAGUGUCAAAGAACACCGCUGCGUCGCCAUUGACCCUAGCAACCAGGAUAUUAGAAUGAAGCUGUUCUGGCUGCUUCACACGACUCCCGACGAGGACGUCAGAGCAGCCUUGGCGCCGUUCGGAACGGUGACCGAAAUUUCCAGGGAGCGGUGGCGAGUACCAGGGUGCGGCGACAAAGGUUCUCACACGCGUCUGGUAUCGUUACGGCUGAAGGCUGGUAUGACCAUGGAAGACAUCCCGCAUCAGCUACGAGUAUCAGAGGACCAUGCGCUCGUGAUUGUUCCAGGCAGAGCUCCGCUCUGCCUCCGAUGCCGCGGCACCGGCCAUAUACGGCGCGAGUGCCGUGUGCCACGCUGUGGACUCUGUCGUCGUUUCGGCCACGACGAGACCCAGUGCGUGAGAAGCUACGCUAACGUGACUGGGUCUGGCCGGAGCGACGCGUUAGACGAGCACUUGAUGGAUCAAGCGGACGCGGAAGAGACUGCUGGAGCGGGCGGAGACCCACGAGGCACGGAAGAGAAGCCAGUGGUCAUGGCAAGCGUCAAGUGCCAACCCAGAAAGGGCAGUAGCGAGGCAGUGGCCAAGAAUGAAGUGCAAAGUGAACCGUCUGCAGAAAAUUCUACGGCGCGAGAAAGUGAGGGGGACGCGGAGGCUGCCGAGGGCGUUCUGCGACAGGGCAACUCUGGCGCUGCCUUCAUCGAAGAAUCCGGCGAGAAAAUGGACCAGGCCAGCGCCGUCUCAAAGAGACCUCGCGAAAUACCCGAUCAAGAUGUCAGGCUUGAGCAAGACGACGGUGACAGCAGCGAAGGGCCACCCACGAAGGCUUCCUCUUUCCGGCGCUCUACACUCAAGCCCAAGCCGAACGUUCCGCUCGAGAGGAGGCCGACGCGAGAACAUCCACCUGAGGGGCGCCAGACGCCGACCAAUCCGCCAGGUGGUCGGCAGACGCCGACCGUCCCACCAGACGGGCGACAGACGCCGACUGUCCCACCAGAUAAGCGGACAACGCCGACAGUUCCCCCGCGGUAG